AAGUGCAGAAGUGUGUCUCUGUAGAGGAUGUGUUUAGUUAUUUACACCUAUAUCAACAACAAUGUGGAAUUUGACUAGGGCUGCUCAAACUCUCACAUAUGUAAAGAUGUCUGUUUGUGCUGUGGACAGAGGGUUUUUCAGGGCAGGAGGUCAGGACUACAUGAUUGAGCCUCUGACGGGCAGUGAAACUGGAGAACAUGGCGUGUUUAAAGCUGAAUUUUUCAGAAGCGUCAGCUUCUCCUGUGGAGUCACCAAUGAAACCCUGGACUCUGCACUGCCCAGAUUCAACAUCAGAGUGCAGCAUCGAUCUGUGUUUGCUGAUCAAGAUUCACAAACACAAACUAUUCUGGAUGAGCAGAAGUACAUUGAGAUGUUUCUGGUCGUGGACAACAGUGAGUUUCAGAAGUUAGGGAGUGACGUGACCAAAGUGAGGAAGAGGAUGUUUCAGAUCAUCAACUUUGUUAACAUGGUUUACUUUCCCUUACACACAUUCAUCGGUCUGGUGGGGUUGGAGGUGUGGUCAGAUGGAGAUAAGAUAAAUGUCACUUCCUCUGCAGCCAAAACUCUGUCUGCUUUUACACAAUGGAGGACAAAUGAACUGAACACUGUCAAGGAAAACGACAAUGCCCAGCUCAUCACAGCCAUAAACUUUGGCUCCAUAGUGGGCCUGGCCAACGUGGGAAGCCUAUGCACCAUGGACUCCACCACUUUAGUUCGGGAUUUCUCGUCCAAUGCCCUGGAGACAGGAGCCGUGUUAGCACAUGAACUUGGACACAACCUGGGCAUGCUUCACGAUACAUCGUCCUGCUCCUGCGUCGAGGCUCACUGCAUCAUGGCUCCAGUACUCAGUAACCCCCCUCCAGAGCACUUCAGUAACUGCAGUGUGGCAGAUUAUGUGCAGUUCCUGCAGUCGUCUCCUGCUCUGCAGUGUUUGCUGAAUGAACCUGCUAAUGGCUCCAUCAUCUCCCCGCCCAUCUGCGGAAACGGCUUCCAGGAGGAGGGAGAGGAAUGUGACUGCGGCCCCAUGGAGGAGUGUACAGACCCGUGCUGCCAUGCUGCCACCUGCACCUUCACCCAGGGAUCACAGUGCUCCUCUGGUGAUUGCUGUAACAACUGCAAGUUCCUGCCUCUGGCCACCAUGUGUCGGAACAUUCAAAGUGAGUGUGACCUGCCUGAGUACUGCAGUGGGAUGAGCGCAGACUGUCCAGAAGACACAUACCGAGUGGACGGCCUUCCCUGCAGAAACAACAGUGGCUACUGCUACGAAGGCCAGUGUCCACUCAAACUGGACCAGUGCAUCAGCAUGUGGGGAGAUACUGCUGAAGUGGCCCUGGAGUCCUGCUACAAUCUGAACACAAGAGGCACACAUUACGCAUACUGCAGUCGCCCGUACCCACAGGAUUAUAUAGGGUGUGCAGAGAAGGAUAUAAUGUGUGGAAAGCUUUUCUGCUCUAAUGGAACAGCAGUACCGCUGUUUGGGACAGGAGUGACGUUGGGUUCAUGUAAACUCACGAUUUACAGCGACCCCACUAUGGACUAUGGGCAGGUCAAAAGCGGGACAAAGUGUGGAGAUGGACGGGUGAGAGAAAGUUGAUGUUGUUUCACUUUGAUAGACUUCAUCACUACUAUACUUGUUUCUUCUAGGGUUGAGGCAGAGUUCAGUAUAGGCAGACAUUUGCAUCCCUAAAUGGUUCUCUGCAUGGAGAAA